CAAAUGCUUCUUCGUGCAGGACACAUCCCACUGUAUUCCGUAGUGACUGCACACCCCCACCAUUCGCCAGGGAUGAGAUAAAUCCCACAUCUCAACAUCCGACCAUUAUAGGACGGGAUUUAAGGUAAGAAUUAGCCUGGUAACCAAUAAGGCAAUAAAGCCAUCCGUUACCCCAACAUCCUCUACUGCGCCCCGAUCGCUAUUCACUCAACCUAAUCCCCGACGACCUCUCCUCUCCAUCCUCAUCGAACAUCAUCCGUCCCUUCCAUCGCAAAGGAUGAAUGGAGACCCGGCGUCGGCAUGGGUAGAAUCCGACCAAUUCCCCUCCCUCUCGACCAUGGAGCCAUCCGACUUCGAUUUCGUUGGCCUGCCCGACGGGCUCGACGAGUUCGACUUCGCCAAUCUGCAUUUCGACCAGGCCUUCGGGACGUCGCCGGGUGCGCAGGGCCUGUCGAAUUUGGUGUCCCAGACCGAGGAGAAUGUGAUGGACGGAACCAACGAGGGGAACGAGCGUCGGCCGAGUCAGCAGGAGGGGAAUGGAAAUGGCACUUUGCACCUAGGACAGGAAUUUAUGGACUUUCAUAUUGAACCGCAGUAUGGGAACGGCGGCCCGCAGUUAGGGAACAAGUUUGGAGUGACACAGGAACACGGUUAUCUGCCGCAGAGAAUGGCGCCGCCAACACCCACAAGCAUGGAGUUGACGGCUGCGGAUGCCGUGAUAUACAUCAAUUCAUUGGAUCCGGCCACGCGCUCCAUAGUCGAACAGCAGUUCAUGCGCAAAAACGACGUGGCUCAAUUCACCCCUCUCCUGUCGCCGGUGGUACCGUCCAACGAUUCCCGAAAUUAUGCGCCCUCCGACUAUAGCUCUGGCGGCCCACUGUUCAGUCCCCUUGCGUCGCCCGCACUGAUGGGCCUAGGUGAUCAUAGUCGCAUCUAUGGCAGGAGGUCGCAAGCCGCCUCGACCAGUUCGCCCGGAGCGGACGCCAGAGAAGACGUCGACAUGUUCGACAACACCACCUCCCACCCGAUCCCCGCCCCCCCUUCGCGACCCAAACGCGCUGUCCGUGCACCCAAAGCCACCGCUGCCGCCUCCCGCUCCGCCGCGCCUACCCCCCGCCUUCGCCAAUCGCCCAUCGUCAAACCGCAGCGUCGAAAAGGCGCCUCGACCACGCUGCCACCCCGCGAAGUCCAGGCGCUGCUAGGCCAGUCCGCGCAUCCGCGAGCCCCCCUUUCCCCGGCGUCGGUCCCGUCGUUCUCUUUCCCGGGCAGCCGCAGCGGCUCGGAUGGCGACAGCAUCUCGCCCGAGCCGCUGACCGAAGUGAUGGGGCCGCCGCCGAAACCGGCCUCCGCAGCGCCGAGUCCGAACAUCAUGGCGAAGUCGGGUCACCGCCCCCUCAAUCAGUCACAUCUCGCCCCAGCCACGCCGGCAAGUCUCCUGCGGUCACAUCAGGUGGCUAUGCCUCCUACAUCGCAUUACCAGUCCCCAACUCUCUCCCCGAAUAGCGCAGCACAAACCGUGCGGCAAAACCCCGAGCCCUUCGUGCUGGAUGAUCUGAUUCUUCCCGAAGCGGCAGCGGAACCGAGCCGGACCCAGCCCGGUUCCGGCAGCAUUUCCACCUCCAGACCGGCCAACGGCCCGGUCUCUGCCUCCAACACGCCACGUCUCUCAUCGGCCAAGCGUCCGGAAUUGGAUCAACUUCAUAUCCCCGCGAAUACCCCGGGGAAAUCUAGCCCCCUCCUCACGGCCUCUCCUUUGGCUACGCCGUCGUCUGCAACGCCGAGGCUCUCCGCUGCCUCAACGACCGGCCAAACUCCUGGAAAUGGAGGCAAAGCAAAUGGUAGAAAGAGGGGCAGUGUAAGUGGCGGAACUAUGGCCAGUCCGGCGCUACGGCCCAAGAUAAGUCCUAGCAUCAAACCACUAUUACCCGAAGGAGGCCCCAUCACCCCCGAAGCCCACGCCAUUCUCCUCGCCUCCAAAUCCAACUACCACCACAUCCUCGAAGGCACCGCCCUCGCCGGGCCCUACCCCGAAACCCUCUCCCGCGGCCUCACCUCCAAGCGCACCUCCCACAAGCUCGCCGAGCAGGGCCGCCGCAACCGCAUCAACUCCGCCCUCGUCGAAAUGCAGUCCCUCCUCCCGCAAAGCCCCAUCCUCAACGCAUCCCGCAGGGGGAGCGUCUCCGGCCUCGCUAGUGGGAACGCGUCCCCUGAGUUCCUCGCUGCGGAUGCAGGUGCUAGAGCCGGCGGAACGGCUGGCAAGGAUGUAGACGAGGGCGCGGAGAAGGGCGGGAAAGGCGGCGCGCAGCAGUUGGCGGGGAACAGCAAGGCGGCGACGGUGGAAAGCGCGAUCGCGUACAUCCGAUUGCUGCAGUCAGAGGCGGACGAGCGGCGACGGGUGCUGGAGGAGAAGGAUAGGGAGUUGGAGGAGCUGAGACGGCGGGUGGGAGCGUUGGGAGGGGAUUAGGUGACGGUCAUGUGGAACCACAACUUGAAUGAGGGAGUGAAAUGGUGGAUUGGGGGGACGGUGGCGUGUUACUGGGGCUUUGCUAUAUGGCGUUCGUGACGAUUUAUUUGAGGAUGUAUGUAUUAUAUGAUGCUCUUGGGAGGAUAUCUGCUAUAUAACUGCGAUCCAUGCAUAGGAGCAUGUCUUCGAGUCGCAAUGCUAUUCUGCUGCUUUCAGCUUCAGGACGAUUGCGACUCCCAGUCGAGUGGUUCGGAAUUAUUGCCCGCGGAAGGGUAAGCUGGCGUCUGCUAGUCAGUGAUAAGAGGGGGAUACUGCGGUGAUGACCAUGGAGAUUACGGGACGGAGGGAUGAGGGCACCCGCAGAACUAUAUCCAAUGCGAUCUUACUGUGCCUCCGUGUUGCACCU